GCUUCGCCCUCGGCCCGUGUUCCCCUAAGAAAGGCUGAGCCUCUCACGGGAGUGACGUGACCGCUUCCCUGGGGUUUGGACCUGGGUCCCAUCAAGUCUCAAUACACGAUAAGUAAUAGCAUACGUAACAUGGCGCAGAUGGUUUAACCCUUCUAACAAUCUUACACUCAGAACAACAAAUUGGAAACUUUGUCCGUGGGCAAACAGAAACGAUCGAAAAAUUUCGGUAUUGUUAGCUUGCCGUAGCCACCAUUUCCAUUCCUUCCACAUUGGCGUAGUGUGCCGGCAGACCAGCUUGGUGCCGCCAUUUUGCAAUCGUUGAUGCAAGAAAUGGGGUGUAGUGCCUGUUGAAUCCUCCCACUGAUUUUUUUUAUUCUACUUUGCAUUUGUUGUACUGGUCCUCAUUCAAAGUCGUUAUCGGCUCGAAUAUUGUGGGCCGUGGAUUCUUUGAGUUCUUUUUCUGUGGCGUUGACUUUCGUCACCCUAUUUUCGCGUGUGUGGAUCUGACAAGCAUCUAUCUUUCCAUUAUUUCGCACACACAUAGCUGGUCCCCAUUCAAGGUCGUUAUCGACUUGAAUAGUGUGGGCCGCCAUUUUGUGAAUCUCUUAUAUAGCACACACAUAGCUGGUCCCCAUUCAAGGCCGUUAUCUGCCUGAAUAUUGGGGGCCGCCAUUUGUGGAAUCCUUUCUUCAUGUCAAGGCGCCGUAACAGUGAGAUCAGGCGGGGUCUCCCCGGCGCAAAUGGAGGCCAUGGCAGCACGCGACCGUCAAUCGGAUUUAAACGACGCUUCCAAGGAACGCUACGACGAGUCUGCCAAAAGCCUAUCACCGCUGUCCAUUGGAGCAACUGUACAGGUCCAAAACCCGAAAACCAAAUCGUGGGAUGGAAUAGGAGUAAUCGUAGGCAUCGGGCGAUACCGAUCCUACCGCAUCAAAUCCCCUAGCGGAAGUGUUAUGUGGCGCAAUCGCCGGUUCCUUCGGCGUCGCCUAAUAGUACCUUCGGCGAUCCAACCCAACCCUCCUCCCAUGGAUCAAGUGGAAAAGGAAUCCGGUAAUUCUGAACAUGCCAGUUUGGUUAAUACCCCGAGUGCAGCCCAGGAGACACCCGAAGUCGUGGAAGCAGACGGGGCGUCGGCCCCCCAGGCAACUACGCCCCCCGCCGGAGCGUCCGGUUCCGCCGUCCACGUACCAUCGUCGAUGUUUAACAUAUACUUUUUACUUUUGAAAAUUGUCUGUAUUUUGUUAGUUAAGCUGUUUUAUGUUAACAGCUUGGGAGAGGGUUGUUGUGUCUGUAUGUAUGUGUACCCAGAAGAGGCUUCCGUACGUGUUUGUAGUAUCCAGAAGAGGCAUCGCCCUCGGCCCGAGUUCCCCUAAGAAAGGCUGGGCCCCUCACGGGAGUGUCGUGACCGCUUCCCUGGGGUUUGGACCUGGGUCCCAUCGAGUCUCAAUACACGCUAAAUAAUAGCAUACGUAACA